AGUGUCAAUCUGAUGUUUCUAAAUACAAGAAUUACCCCUCACUGAAGAUAGCUAGGGAACCACCUCACUGAGGAUUUUUAGGGGGUCACCCAAAAAUUACCUAGAAUCAAUACGUUGCAUUGUCUAGACCAAGAUGAAGUUGAUAAUAUACAUAAUUCCUGUAAUACUUGUUGCAAGGAGCGUGCUUGCAAGCACUGGGAACCACUUGGUGAACUCCGGAAUAAGUGCUGGCGUAGAGCUGGCACAGGCCAUUGCUGAUAAGAAUUUUGAAAACACAAUGGGAAAGCUUUUGACAAAAGUUAGUCCAUACCUUGGAAUGGUGGGACCAAUUGUUGGUUUGUUAAGUGGUCUAACUGGUAUUGGGGCAGAGACCGCAGAACUACGAUACAUGCGCAGAAUGUUAUCCACCAUCGAAAACAGAUUUGAUAGAAUAGACGUCAGACUUGAUGAAAUUGCCCGUCAGAUUGACUGGUCCAGAACUAGAACGCAAUUAUAUCCUUACGAACGGAGAAUAUUAUCCUUGAAAAUUGAACUGCAGAGAUUUUUCAAUUCAAAAACCAAUGUAGAGUUUUCUUUUUAUAACGAAUCAUUUGUAAGAGCUUAUGAAAAUGGCAUUCAACAUAGUACUCGAUUGCUGUAUAAUCAUAUCGUUUCGUCCAAUUUUGUAUUUUCUGAUAAUAUUUUAGAAGCAGCAAUUGAAGGAACAAACAAUGAUAGACGUGCCGUUCAGGAAUUUAUGCUAGGACUAACCAGACUAAUUCUUCUUGGAAGUCAAAUUGAGAUGGCGUACUAUAAACUUAAAUUACCAGACUCUCUAAGGAGCCUCAAACAAGAAUGGGUAAAUAAAAUUCAAAAUAUGAGACGAGCCAUGAAAAGAGCUGACGCUGAAAUCGUCAGUAAAUUCAGAACCGUUUCAGCAAACGAUGCCAAGAAUAUCAUACGUAAUAAUAAAGGAUCAGCCAAUUGGGUUGUUGCAGAUUUGAUACAUGACCAUCUCAGUGACAAGUUUUAUUGGCGCACCUGGCUCGUGGUAGUCUAUGAUGAUGUUAGAGGAAAUGAUGACCACCAAAUAUCCUACUGUGGCGGGUAUCAUGUUUUCCGAUUCAAUGGUUACAAUUUCAUGAUAGUCAGCAAAAGCAAAACAUCAGAUGGAAUAUCGUUUUACUUAGCCGAUAUUAUACUAGGGACCCCAGAUGUUUGCACAUAUAUCCAGUAUGGAGGUUUUUGGGGAGGAGGACGAGUGCGAUCUUGUAACGGAGCUAAAACAGUUUUGAGCAGCAUAGAUCACAAUGUGGACUGUGUAAACUUCUCCGCUCUCGCUGUCAUUAAGCAGUCGGCAAAUCCUGCUGUAGAGGCUGACUAUGAUCAUUACCGUAGCACUGAUGAAUAUCCAUUCAAGCUGAUUAUUUUUGGCUGAAAAAUGAUUCACUACCUGUUAAAUUAAACUAGUUAAGUCUUUUAUUAAAAAUGCCAUUAAAAUUACGAAAACAAAAUAUUAAA